AUGAUGUUGGAGCUCGUUAACGACACCGAGUACAUUGACACAGAACUGUACAACGUCGUUGGCACUAUCAAGGGAGAGUCAUCCGAAUGCGUGAAAGACUCUCACAGCCGGUUGGAAACCCCUCUGAACCAUCAAAGAAUACGGACUCCUCAAUCCACAGCGUGGGCAACCCGAAAUUUCGACUACUCGAAAAAGAAUUGCAUUGCAUACAUAAAUGUCGAUGAAUCUACCAGCGACGGAGAUAGACAAGACCCAGUCGGAAGCCCACUGCUCGCCGAGACGCUCUACGAAGCCGCAAAACUCGUUCCCUCUCCACUGAAUGAGGAAGUAGAGGUUGAGGACGGGUAG